ACAACUUUACAUGUUUCAAAACCAAAUAAAUUUUUUGGUGUUUGACUUACCAACCAUAUUGAAGGGGUGUUGAUACAUUUAUAACAUAUUUUUUCCUUUUCACCCUAAAAGUUAUGAAUCGUCUGCCGUUUGAACUGACUGAUAAGAUAUUCGAUCUAUUAUCAAGAAAUGAUAUAUGUUCGCUAUGUCAAGUAAACACUUACUGGCAUAAUAUCGGUUCCAUAAAGCUUUAUCGUUAUCCCAUAAUACAAACAAGAACACAACUUAAUCUAUUUAUAAACAUCAGCAAAAAGUCAAAAUCACAUAUCCGAGUACUGGACUUCGCGUCAGUACAUCAGCACACUACAGACUCCAUUCUAUUGUCACUUCUACAACACAUCACAAACUUAAAUCAUAUCAACCUGUCAAAAUGUACUGGCUUGUCCCCUACCACUAUCCUGAUGUCAAUACACAAUAAUUUGGAAAGUUUAAAUACUCUCAUUCUAGCGGACUGCACAUUAACAACAGAUAUACUGACUUGUAUUGGGAAGGCUAUCCACUAUAAUUUGAAGAAACUCAAUUUAAGCAACACUAUGAUAAAACCCUGCGUUUCAAUAGACACUUUUAAUCAAUUGGAAACAAUGUUCACUCUACCGUGUUCUUCAUCCCAGCUAAGUUACUUAGAUAUUUCUUACUGUGCAUGGGUUAACAACCAGACUUUGGAAAACAUAGCACACGGUCUACCCAAGCUAGACCAUUUACUUUUGCAAUGGUGUAACCAAGUUAAGCCAAUAUCCAUACAUUUUCUGGCAGAAAAACUCGAGCAUCUUAAAUCGAUUGAUCUACGGCAUAUUGAUUUGAUUGGAAGUAAAGAACAGGCACUUGAUAUUAUAUAUCAUACAGCUUCCUUAAAAGAGAUAUUAUUUACUCAUAAAAGAACAACUGCACAAAUUCUGUUGUAAAAAAAAUUAACGAUGGCCGUAAAUAAACAAAUUUAUCAUCAUGACAACAUGACUUGAACUUUAUUUUCUUGUGGAAGGGUACACAAAAAUAAUCAAAAACUGGAUUAUUUAUUGAAAAUAAACGACAAUUUAUAACUUGGAGAGGCUUAAAUUCAAAAAAGUAUACCCUCCAGAUAUAGAAAAAAAGUAGUCCAUUUUUAUACUUGUGUUGAUAAAGACCGAGAGCGACCUAUUAAUGACAAUAGAUGGUACUUUUUGCAUCAUGUAAAUAUCUCCAUAGAUGUCUUACAAUCUAUUAGGAAGAAAGGCGUUGUGCGAAUUGGCUUAUAUCACUGAUAUAAUAUCUUUGAUAAUGAAUUGACGAG